AGUGAAGUGAAGUCGUGACCAGCACCCUUUGUCUCCCACCGUCAUGUCCGUUCGCGCCCCACCCACACCGCCCCCCACGAGCUCCAUCGAGAUCGAGGACCAGGCCAAGGCAGAGGCCGCCGCUGCGGCUGCCGCAGCAGCUAGUAGCGAGAUGUCCACCGACCCCGCGCCUCCAGCCACCACGGCAUCUGCCCCAGGCCUCUCCGCCUCUUCCUCCUCCUCGAGCAAGAACAAGGCUCCCGAACGCGCACCCGACGACACAGUGUUCCGCUCUGCAUUUGCUGGAAUCAGCGCCACCGUCGCGCAGGGACAGUAUGCGGAUGUCGUCGCGCUCGCAGAGCGUGCGGACCUCAUCGGUGACUCUAACUCGCCGGCACGUCUGCUGGUUAUUGCGCCGAUGGUGUUGGCGUAUCUGAUCGUGGAUGACUUAACUCCCGCACGCUUCGCGCUCUCGCGCCUUCCCGAGCAACUACACGGACUGCCGAUCGUGCAGGGCCUGAAUAGCCUCGUUGCGCUCACCUGGCAGCGUCGGUACGAUCAAGUCUACUCCCGAGUGGAAACACUCGUCAACGUCGCGAACGACUUCGAGGAGCCAAUCACCCAGGUCCUUCACGCGCUGCUCAGACAGUUUCUCGAUUCCUUCCGCGAGCGAACGUUCCAGCUGCUGUCGCGCGCGUACACGGAGGUUCCGCUCAACUUGGUAGCGACGUACCUGGGCUUGCCAGCGGAGCAGAUUAUACCAGCUGCGCAAGCCCGUGGGUGGGCGUACGAUGAGGCCAGCAAGGUCUUCAAGCCCGUGAAGCCAAAGCCCGCUACAGCGACUGCCGCGAAGACGGAGAUCUCCUCCUUGAACACCUUCCACUUCGUCGCGCACAGCGUCGGGAAGCUGGAGACGUAAAUGUUUGAUCUUAUCCUUGUGACGAGGGCCUGUACACUAUUGGUGUCAUCUACUGCGCCAACUGAGCAGCAAAGACCGCGCAUUGUGGAUGAUCCGAUGGGAGAUAUGGCAAGCGCGCAUUGCAUACACCUCAGGUCUCAAUUUUGGGGAUACUCAAAUCUCUCGAUACCCGAGGACAAUACGGUCCCGGGUCCAUGGCUGGGAUCGGGGGUAGCGGGCGUGAUUCGUCCAUCGUGAGAUUGACUACUUUUUGUACAACUUGCAUGCGAUUUUCCCGCAACCUACGCCAUGUCCGCGAUUCCAGAACUGGCC